UCGAAUUCUGGCAACGAGGCAGUCGAAUUCCUCAGCGGGAGAUCGAAUUGAAAGCCCCGCUUCUUCACCAUCCACUAUCGCUCCGUUCGGACUGUACAUGACGGUGCUGCGCCCGGCGUUUCCAUAGCAGCAAUUUCCGUGGAAGUUUGGUCAGGAAUUUGAAGGAACUGAUAUCAGGAACAAACCGCCCAAUUAAAAGACGAGAGGAAGACUGAGCAAACGGCCACGCAAAAUCUGCCAGGCCUGAUGACUAUCCCCCGGAGCCCCACUUCGAGUGAGGAUGAGAUGGCUCAAAGUUUUUCUGAUUACUCCGACGACUGCGGCUCUGAAAGCUCCCAUGAAGAAACAAUUUAUGAAACUAUAAGGGCCACGGCUGAGCAAUCACCCCACCAAAUGGACGACAUUCAAAUAAACUCAAUGGUCAUCCGCGUUAUCAUCCCUGACCUGCAGCAGACGAAAUGUAUGCGGUUCAACCCGAAUGCAACAGUUUGGGUUGCCAAGCAAAGGAUCCUGUGUACACUUAAUCAGAGCUUGAAGGACGUGCUGAACUAUGGGCUUUUCCAGCCUGCCAACAGUGGGAGAGAUGGCAAGUUCCUGGAUGAGGAACGUGUCCUGCGAGAGUACCCUCAGCCAAUCAGCAAAGGUGUUCCCUGUUUGGAGUUUCGGUAUAAGAGCAGAGUUUACAGGCAGCCUGAUUUGGAUGAGAAACAGAUUGCAAAACUUCAUACAAAGGCUAAUCUGAAGAAGUUUAUGGACCUUAUACUCCAUAAUCAGGUGGACAAAGUUUCUAAAAUGUUAGAAAGAGGUCUUGAUCCCAACUACCAUGACAGUGAAACUGGCGAGAGCCCUUUGACCUUCACAGCACAUCUGGAUAAUGUUGUGGAGAUGAUCAAGGUUCUUAAAAAUGGAGGCGCUCACUUGGACUUCAGAGCCAAGGAUGGUAUGACAGCCCUCCACAAAGCAGCACGUUCCAAGAACCAGGUUACACUCACGACACUGUUGGAGCUAGGGGCAUCUCCGGACUACAAGGACAGCCGUGGUCUGACUCCCCUGUAUCACAGCGUCAUAGUAGGAGGAGACCCGGGAUGCGGGGAGCUCCUUUUGAACCACCACGCCUCCGUGUGCUGCCAGGAUGAGAAUGGCUGGCAAGAAAUUCACCAGGCUUGUCGCUACGGACAUGUGCAGCACUUGGAACACCUUCUCUUCUAUGGAGCAGACAUGAGUGCUCAGAACGCAUCGGGAAAUUCGGCUUUACAUAUAUGUGCGCUAUACAACGAGGAUAACUGCGCCAGGGUGCUGCUUGUUCGAGGAGCUGAUAAAGAAGUGAGAAACUUUAACAGCCAGAGUCCUUUUCAGGUUGCGAUUAUUGCUGGAAACUUUGAUCUGGCUGAACUUAUCAAGAACCACAAAGAGUCUGAUAUAGUGCCUUUUCGUGAGGCUCCAGCGUACUCCAAACGACGCCAAGGUCCGUCGUCUGGCAACAGCAGUGGAAACAGCCACUCCCUCGUAUCUUUAUCGGCUCCACGUGUCCUGCUGCGCUCCAACAGUGACAACAACCUAACGGUCAGUCAGUACCAGCAGCAGCAGCACGCUUCAACCAGCAGCUGGGGACCCCAUCUUCAGCAACAGCAAAAAAGGGCCCCCCAGCAGCCUGGCUCCUCAGCAUUACAUCGCAGCCUGUCACCCCAGCUGAUUCAGCAGAUGCCCAGCGGCAGCCCCAAUGGCAAUGUGGUGGUUCGUACCAUGGGAAGGGGGUCGAGGAGCAGAUCACCCUCCCUCAGCCGGCUGGGGGAUGAGGCCCGACGGGCUCUACCCUCACAGCGACAACCCAGUCCCAGCAGUCAUGCAGAAGCCGUAGGCUCCAGGAGGAAGCUGUACAGUGCGGUCCCAGGGAGACACUUUGUUGUAGUUCGUCCUUACACUGCUCAGGCCCAAGGCGAGAUUAACCUCUACAAGAAUGACAGAGUCAAAGUUCUGAGCAUCGGAGAAGGUGGUUUCUGGGAGGGUAGCACCCGCGGCCAAGUAGGUUGGUUUCCAGCCGACUGUGUGGAGGAGAUCCUGGCCAAGGCCAUUGAGGAGAGGAGCUAUUCCCGAGCGGACCGUGCUGACAGACGGAAACUGUUCAGGCACUACACUGUGGGCUCCUAUGACAGCUUUGACGCUUCCAGUGACUGCGUGGUGGAUGAGAAGACGGUGGUACUCCAGAAGAAGGAGAAUGAAGGAUUCGGUUUCGUCCUGCGAGGGGCAAAAGCGGAUACACCCAUUGAGGAGUUUACACCCACCCCUGCUUUCCCUGCUCUGCAAUAUCUGGAGUCAGUGGACGAGGGGGGUGUGGCAUGGCAGGCGGGACUACGGACGGGGGACUUCCUCAUUGAGGUGAAUCAGGAGAAUGUGGUAAAGGUGGGCCACAGACAAGUGGUCAACAUGAUCCGGCAGGGUGGGAAUCGCCUCUUGAUCAAGGUGGUGACAGUAAGCCGGAAUCUGGACCCUGAGGACACAGCACGUAAAAAAGCUCCUCCACCACCAAAGAGAGCUCCAACUACUGCUCUGUCCAUGCGCUCCAAGUCAAUGACGUCUGAAUUAGAGGAACUCGCCACUCUAAGGAAAAAGAAAGGUGACAAAGUUGACGAGAUGACCCACGCUCAGAAGACAUCGCCAGUUGAUAUGAAGAUCGCAACAAUCAAACCACGGCCAUCCAGUCGCUGCUUGAUUACACCCACUGAACUAAAUUCCAUGUACCAUGACCGCCAGGGAGUAGCAGUGGUUCCACCCACUGUGCCUGGGGCCUUCUUAGGGUUACCAGAAAAAGGCUUGCUAAGGAAGCAAAAGUCCAUAGGUACAACAGAAGAGGAAAAACAGGGAUACCUUACGCCUCCUUUAUUAAAGUUCUCCCGAAGUCUCUCCAUGCCAGAUACAUCAGAGGACAUUCCACCUCCCCCGGCAAUUUCACCCCCUUCGCCACCUGCCUACAACUCACCUGCUGGCCCAACACCCAAAAGUUACGAUACCGCAAGACCCAGCUUCACCCAGAACUCACCUAACGCAGUGACAACUAUUUGUAGAACCUCAGAUGUUGGUACAUUGAGGCGGGGCUAUCACAGACAGAGUUCAGAGCAUUUUGAGAGCCCGCGCAUGCGAGGGCGCACACCAGUGCCCGAAAACCCCUAUUCUGAGAUUGGCAAUAAGAAUCUGUAUGUGCCAGCAAAACCUGCUCGAAGGAAGGGUAUGCUAGUAAAACAGUCAAAUGUUGAGGACAGUCCAGAAAAAACGUGUCAUAUGGCAACAAACCUCUCGGGCCCAGUUUCCAUGCCUACCACACCUGUUGAGCGAACAUGCUCUUCCAUCCCCAUUCCUACCAUCAUUGUCAAGGAACCAUCCACCAGCAGCAGUGGAAAGAGCAGCCAGGGUAGCAGUAUGGAGAUUGAGCCAACAACCCCAGAACACCCAUCUCUAAUGCCAACUGUUGGUGGAAGUGGUGGUCUGCGACCGGAAGACCCGAUGUCUCUAGGCAACCCAUUUGCAGCAGCUAUUGCUGGUGCUGUGCGUGACCGUGAGAAAAGGCUUGAGGCAAAAAAACACUCUAUUGCUUUCCAGUCAAUAGAUAUGGGAGAUGAUGACUUAAUUGGUCCUACCCCGAUGCCUCGCCUUCGGCAGUCAAAGUCCAUCGAUGAAGGAAUGUUUGGUAGUGACGAGCGACUCAGAAGGAUGAUGGCUCCACCAGUUCACCUUGGACCUCCCGUCGGUGGAGGCAGUGGAAACUUGACAGAUUUUAAUACUCCAGAGCCCACAGUAGUCAGGGAGCCUCUAAACACAAAAACAGGACAGUGUCCUAACCUAGACAGUCCUGUUAGUCUACCAGCCACUCCCCCAAAGAGCCACUACAGAGCAAAUGGAACCUACCUUCACCCUGUUACAGGUAAACCUCUAGACCCUAAUUCUCCUCUUGCGUUGGCCCUUGCUGCUCGUGACCGAGCAAUGAAGGAACAACAAAAUCAUCAUCAAAAUACGCAACAAAAUCCUCCUCAGGUUUCACAAAGUCCCAAAAACGAAGCCCACUCCCUCCCGCUGCAGCCAAGUCACAAACCAGACCUCAACCAGCCACUCUUCAUUGAUACCAAGUUGCGGUCUGGGAUUGAAACAAGUUUUGCUGCAAUCUCGUCAGCAACCAUGGGCCGUCCAGGGCGAGGUGGCUUGCGGCGGCAAAUGACUGAGCAAAAAUAUGAGUCUGAUGUGGCUCGAGAGGACCGGCAGCACCAGGCAGUUGAGGAGAGGAAAAGUUUACCAGGAGACGUUAUUGACACACCUAAGUCAGCUGGAUUGUUGAUGGUUCACACCAGUACUGAAGCAAGCAACAAGGUAAAUAACCAAGAGCUGGAAGGGCAGGACAGCAACAGGCCAUCUGAGCUGAAAGACCCCAAUCAACCUGAUCCUCGCGGUGGCGCAACAUUGUCUAUUAAUCCCCAGCCCUCCUCAACACGAAGACGUAGCGUUCCUUUAGGUGAGUCCUUGGAUGAACCUGUGAAACUACCCUUCCGGAUACCCCCUCCGCCUCUGGCGUCAGUUGACAUUGAUGAGGACUUUGACUAUGUAGAGCCACUCCCACCUCCUCUAGAGUUUGCUAACAGUAUUGACAUCCCUGAUGACCAAGCUAGUGCCAUUGCACAGAUGCUUCAGCAACAGAGAAGAAAUGGGGGGCCUCUGCUACCUUCAUACAAUGUCCAUGCCCCUCCACUUGUUACAGAUCAACACAAACGAGUAAUGAACAGUAUGCCCCCUUCAUAUCCACCUCCUCCACCAGAUCCAGAGUCAGGGGUAGGUGACUCUGGUAUUGAAGAGGUAGAUAGUCGCAGCAGUGGAGACCCUCAGCACAUGGAGACCACCAGCACCGUGUCAAGCAUCUCCACCCUUUCAUCAGAGGGAGGAUUCUGUGACACCACCCUGGAGAGCCUUUAUGCUACUGCAGACGGGCAUUCCUUCAUGGUGGAUAGACCCCCUGUACCGCCAAAACCAAAAGGAAAAUCGGUCAUCAACAGAACUUCGCUUUACCAUGAUGCCCUCAUUGAAGAACCACCAGAAUCAUAUGGUUCACCACCUCAGGUUCCUCCUGCACAUGCUUCAUCUUCUGAACCUCCUAGGACGCCCACUCAAAGGACAUCAAAACUAUGGGGUGAUCAACCCCCUGAGCUUCAUAGCCCUCCAUUUACAGCAGACACCAAGAACACAGUUAUCACGGAGCUGAGCUCCAUUCUACAAAACAUGAAUCGCGAUAGGCCACCUAAGUCAGGAAAUAGCCUCGACUCGCCCACAGGAAACCAAGGGGCCUUUGGAACAAGGCCCCACUCCGAUGACUCAGGAAUGCGGAACAACGCCGCCGCCGCCUCCACGCCUCCGAGCAGCCUUCCUCCUCAGACGCACCCGUGCAGCCCUCCAGACUCGGCUUCCUCCCUCACCCCUUGCUCCUCACUGCCGCCCUCGGUGUCUCCCACCCUCACGGACGUCUUCGGCCUGCCCACCCCGCCCAUGGGCAGCGGCGGGGGUUACAGUUUGAGCUCGUCAUGCGGAGGGAGCGGGAGCUCGCGUUCGCCGUCGCCGCUGACUCUCAUGCAGGCGGUGGCGGCAUCGGGGAAGCCCUUCGCCUCCAAACCAGUGGAGCUGUGGAGCAAAUACGACGUAGCCGACUGGCUGGAGAGCCUUCACCUGGGCGAGCACAGAGACGCUUUCCUGGAUAAUGAAAUCGAGGGUGCACACCUGCCCUCCUUGCAAAAAGAGGACUUGAUAGACCUGGGCGUCACGAGGGUGGGCCACCGCAUGAACAUCGAGAGGGCCCUCAAGCUGCUGCAGGACAGAUAAGGUCACGCUCGGAGCACUUACUUAGAUCUCGAGCUCACCAAUCUCUUCAUAUGCUCCGUCCGGGAUGUUUUGUCCAAGCCUUUCUUGUCCUCAGUCAUCCUCACCUCAGCACUCCCAGGUCAGCCUCGAUCUUGCAGCCCUAUAACAUCGGAGGAAAGUGGCGAGGGAGAGGACAGCAGAACGGACUGUCUGUGCAUCCUCAACUGUGGAAGUAAUCGAUUUCACAUGAGAACCAACUGCAGUUUUGGAAUACAACAGACCUUUUUCCCGUGCCCCCUGUGCGGGUGCGUGAAAACCAGCUGAGCUGGUGGUUUUUUUUCUCUUCUUUUGACCCUUUUCUAUCUUUGCUAGAGAUUAAUAUGAGAAUAUUUCUUCACUAGAGUCCAACUGGAGUUAUAUUUCUGGAUGCAUCAAAAGUUGUAGAGAACCACUUAUGCUUUUCACCUGUUUUUGUCAAAUCGAGAAAAGCUAGCUCACAUAGGAAUAUGACUAUCCGGUGAACACAACAAGCACAUAACACUAAAUGCACAUGAAUCAAUGAGUAAGAAGGAAACGCUCUUCUUCACAGACACACGAAGCAUGAGUACACACUCCGUCAGUGUCACCGCCUUCUCCUGAGGGAGUUUAGUGUGGAUGGAGGUGGUCUGCAUUGCCAAAAGCCAGCACCCAUAGUGAUACCGUUAAACUUAAACAUAUUGAAGCGUUCCAUCUUCUGGAUGAAGUCAAGUCAGCUUGUCUGACAACAAAAGGGGACCUUAUCAUAUCUUGCUUUGUUUGUGUGUGCUUGAUUGUGCGGGUGGGUGAUAAACAUUCCCUAUACAGAAGCUAGAGCAUAGACUUCAUAACCUAUUGACAUGACACGGGAAACGGGGCCGAUUCGUAGAGGGCCUAUUUUCAAAAACUUCAAAUUCAAAUAUUUACAAAACCAUAGCUGCUACCGACCUAAAAGCAAAACAGGCACCUACCUUAGCCAUGAGCAGCAUAAAAAAAUUCAAAGUCGUUCCCUUAUAAAAUCCCGAUAAAUUAUUUUCUUUAUAACUAUAACACAACUUAGAAUGGCUGUAAAAGUCUCAGAUUUUACACUAGGUGCACAAAAAUCACCAAAUGCAGAGAUAAUCACCUAUAUUUUCAGGAUCAAUAGCAAUAUUUAACUAAUCAUAUAGGUUUUUGACCAAAAUAGCAACUUUAUUUAUUUAUUUAUUUUUCUUAUUUACUAAGUUUUCAACAGCUAAUAAAUCACUCAAUUUAACAUCAGAAACUUAAUACUUGAAGAAACCAUGCAGAAUCAAUCAUAAAUAAUACUAUGUAAUUAGAUAAUUAAUACAUUCUAUAUACAAUCACAACUUAUUAUAGAAUAGAAUAUCCCUUUAUUAUCAUUAUACUAGGGUGACCAUAUUUUGAUUUCCAAAAAAGAGGACACUCAGCCUGGCCUCAAGAUACUUGAAUUUUGCUCGAGGUUCACUCAAAGAUGCCUAUGUCACUUUAAUAUAUUUAAAGUGUGCCCCUUCACUCUAGAUGGACAAAUGCAGUUUGAAAAAACAUAAAAAUAAAUAAUGACUUUAAAAAAAACCAAAAAAACACAGUAGGCUAUGUGCCAACUAAACAUUACUAUCACAACAAUUGUCCUUGACAAAUUGUUAUUCCCAUUCAAUUGAUAUUCUUAUUCAAUGUUCUAGAUUGGACACAAACAAAAACCGAAAUAAACUGACAAACUAUUCAACCAGCAUGUUUCCAAACGUAGCAGUUCAAAACUAUGUUUCCCAUCAUGCCUAGCGUGGUUUAGCUUACUGAUGGCUAGCUGAGGCAAAAAUCAAACUUUGCUAUAAAAGUUUACAAUCAUCGGCAGCGCAACGAUGCGACACCAAACGGGAUUUUACAGUCAAAGCUCCGGCAGAGGUCAACAGUUGCCAUUAUAUACGUAUUUAUCAUAAAAAACUUCAGGCGUUGUGGCCAAAUCGUCAACCCAGUAGAUGGCGGUAAUGCCUCAUGAUAGGGGUAAACUGGCAACAAAAACAAGAAGAACUACUCCUUCCCUCCCUACUACUAGGAGCCAUGUCAUCGCAGGCAGGCGCUGCCACCCAGCGGCCGGAGGGAUUCUCUUCAAAUUGGUCCCGUGAAAAAUCAUAAAAACCGGACAUUUUUAUGAAUUUAUAAAACCCGCCCGGACCACGAGGAUACUACGUGAAAGUAGGACUUGUCCGGGCAAAAGAGGACGUUUGGUCACCCUACAUUAUACAUUAUAUACUGUUAGCGAAUGAGGCUAGCGGCCGCCUGGCAUAAACAGAGCUUUUCUGGCGCAAAUUCUUGUGAAUAAAUGCUUAUAUCCCCGAAUUCUUCAUAGAUAUGGACGUACAACAGUCUCAAUUCUUGGUUAAAAGCUAAGAAACCGUACAGUUAGCAUUGAUUUUACGUAUAUUGAUGAAGUACCAUGCUACUAUGUUUGCGAAUGAGGCUAGCGGCCGCCUGGCGUGAAAGGAGCUUUUCUGGCGAAAAUUCCUGUGAAUAAAUGCCUAAAUCCCCGAAUUCUUUAUAGAUAUGGACGUAAAACAGCCUCGAUUGUUGGUUAAAAGCUAAGAAACAGUACAGUAAGCAUUUAUUUUACGUACAUUGACGAAGUACCGUGCUACUAUGUCAGCGAAUGAGGCUAGCAGCCACCUAGCGUAAAAGGAGCUUUUCUGGCAAAAAUUCUUGUCAAUAAAUGCUUAAAUCCCCGAAUUCUUCAUAGAUAUGGACGUAAAACAGCCUAGAUUCUUGGUUAAAAGCAAAUAAACCGUACAGUUAGCGUUAUUUUACGUAUAUUGACGAAGUAACAUGCUACUAUGGUAGCGAAUGAGGCUAGCGGCCGCCUGGCGUAAAAGGACCUUUUCUGGCGAAAAUUCUUGUGAAUAAAUACUUAAAUCCCCGAAUUAUUCAUAGAUAUAGACGUAAAACAGCCUUGAUUCUUGGUUCAAAGCAAAGAAACCGUGCAGUUAGCAUGUAUUUCGCAUAAAUAUUGCCAACUAUGAGGCUAGUCAGUUCCAUGUGUUAACAAAGAAGAAAAUUCCUUCGAAUAAAAGCUCUAUCACACAUGCAUGGUACGAAAAAUAUAGUAUUUACCUUGAAUCCUCGAACAAAUCACUCCUGAGACAAUCCUUACUGUUUGUAUGCGGUACAGCUUUCGUAGUUAAAUCCAAUCAUAUGUAAAUCCAAGCGUAAAUCUGACAUGAGCGUGUGCCGUCUUCGGCUAUUACUAAAUGAAGCCCGGCCCCCUCUGAAAAGGUGUCGCGCAAAGAAUGACGAAGUGUCAGGUUAAUAGAUUUUUUAAGUCUAUGGCUGUAGCUUCACUUUUUCAACAGUAAUUUCCUCCACUGAGCAGCUUUGUGUAUCACUGCAGUGUUAACCUCAUUUGACACAAAGUAGAUUUCAUUAGAGCUCUUCAAGGAACACUGACUGAUCAAUUGAGGGUUUAUAAGGGGAGAUGCAUGUUGAAGAAGAAGAAGAAAAAUGGAAAGGAACCUCAGGGGGGGUAGAAAUAUUAUUAUCUCGUUUGUACAGCAUAGGCACAGAUGUGUUUGAAACUUUAUGAGCGUUUAUGAUUUAAAACGAAACAACCAAGAUGAUGUUGAACGGUCGACUUAUAGCGUGUUUCACAAUUUCAGUCAUUUUAGCUGAUGUAAAUUCAAAGGCAUCAGCCUUUUAUUUAGCAUAUCAGGCAUUCAGUUUGACAUCCAAGGAGAUCAUAAUGCUUGGAAGAGUCAAAAAAAAAAAAAAAUCACAGGAUUGUGGCGGAAUGACUUUUGGGAACUGGAGUCAAAGAUACUUCUGAAAAUCUACGCUUGCGAUGCCUUCGUCAAUGGAAGUGUUCCACAUUAAGAGGGUUUAAAAUAUGCAACAAAGUAAAUUUGAUGUAGUAAAAAGUUAUUUUUUGUCCAACCAGUAACUGGAGUAACUACAUUGGCACGACACCGGCGGGCGUACCAUAUUCAAUGUAUGACGAUCUUGGCAAAAAGUAUAGGUUAAGCAGCCUGAUUUAGAAUCCCCUUUAAGAAUGAUGGGAAACAAAAAAUUGCUCAUUUUAGACCUGUUAUUAUAAAUAUUCUUGUAAGUUAAUUGUAUUGCUGACACUGCGUUUCGGGGUUAUCAACAUGUUUUGCCCCGCCGUCCCAAAAGUCAAACUCCCCCUAUGAUGGAAAUAGAGUACUAAUGAGAUGUUUACUGAGCUAAACCUACCAAUUCUGUCCGAAAAUGAUGUCCUUGGUGCCAAAUUCCCUGGUAAAGAUGUGGAAGAAAAUACAAAUGUUCUGUUAAAGAGAUGGCUUGAGUGUCGAGAGCUGAAAGACAAGAAAAAUAGCCGACCUUAUCCAGCGGUAGCUUUUUUUUACGCCACUGACAAUGACAUUCUCCUGUUUCAACAAUCUUUUACCACCAUAUGCCCUGUCUUUCUUAUAUAUUAUAUCCUCUGGUUGUCUUACGUCUCUGACCGUUCAGGGGGUAAUUCACAUUGCUAUUUUUGUGUAGUGAUCUCAAAUGCUAAUCAGUGACAGCCAACGAACACUUUUAAUUUUUUCAUUAAUAACAAAUCUUAAUUCUAUAAUUUAUUUCCACUUUCCCCUUACUAAAGUUGUUUUUUACAACAGGAAAGGUAACAACAGUGGCAUUCAGAUACCAUUUUAGUUUUUUCCAGGUCAUUCAUUGUCAGACAGAAGCAGCACGACAAAACGCCACGCGAAAAAAUAAGUCAACAUAUCAGUAUGGCUUACAUCUUCGUCCUCUGUAGGACCAUGGCCCCCAACAAAAUGUUUACUGCAUAUGAAAUGUGAAUGGCCUCACCUUGCUGGCGUUAAGCUGGUCUUUUGAACGUCCGCGGAAAUUGAUCCAUUCGUCACAUUUUUUCCUCCGAGUUUUUGGUUUUGGUAAAUGUAUGAAGAAAACAUCCUUCAUAUGUCGUAAUGUUUAGAGUCGUUUUUACAAGUUCCAUAGCAGCAGUGUUUACUCGGCAUGUUCUUUUUUUUUUGAAAGAUUACCGGAGAAAACAACCAGAAAUAACAUGGAUUAUGUGCGAGGGCGUGUCUAUGAUGACCCACUUCCGGGUUACGAUGGCAACGUCAUGGUCUAAAAAUAACAUUUAUGCGGUAUGCUAUUAAGUAUCCCUUGCUAGGCUGAGGGGGUUAUGCUGAAAGAGUGUUAACACACAUUCAUACACUCGUGUCCUUGCCCUUGAAGAACUAAGAAAGAAGUGACGGUAGAUGUUUUCAUCUGCAUGGAUUGGAGAAAUUGAUCAAAAGUAAUAUAACGGUGUUGUAUUUUAUUCUACAGUAAUGGUACUGCCACGGGAGGUCGAAGCCCAAUCCGGUGUCAAAAUGUGUAUAUAAGAGUCUUUUAAAAGGGUUUUUAAUUGAGUGCAUGUAUAGAAAUGUAAAAAGACUCUGGAGUAGAAACAAGCCAAGGAAGGUUCCUUCUCUGAUUUAAAGGCAAAAGCGGUGUCCACUUCCCGGAGAGGAUGCCUUAGGUAAGGUGCAAUGUUUCUGAACCUUUUGGAAUUUCUCACAUUUCUGCAUAAAAUCACCAUAAAAUGUGAUCUGAUCAUUGUCAAAAUCACACAGAUGAAAAAACAGUGUCUGCUUUAACUAAAACCACCCAAACAAUUAUCAUUCUUACACCUGGUAAUAAUUGUCUUGAUGAGAAGCAUUGUCUGAUGUCCAGCAUGGCUCGGUCAAAAGAGCUACCUGAAGUCCUGUGACCAAGGAUUGUUGAUUUGUAUAAGGCUGGGAAAGGAUAAAAAACCAUCUCUAAAGUCUGGAUGUUCAUCAAUCGACAGUCAGAGAAGUUGUCUACAAAUGGAGAGAAUUUGGCACUGUUGCUUCUCUCCCAAGGACUAGCUGUCCAACAAAGAUGACGCCAAGAGUUCAGCGCAGUAUACUCAUAGAGGUAAAAAAAGAAACUUAGAGUGUCUGCUAAAGACUUACAGAAAUCACUGGCACACUCCAGUAUCUCUGUGCACACAUCAACUAUAUGUAAAACUAUGGCCAAGAAUGGUGUUCAUGGGAGGAAUCCACGGAGGAAGCCACUGCUGUCUAAAAAAAACAUUGUUGCUCGUUUAAUGUUCGCAAAAAGGCACUUGGACACUCCAAAGAGGUUUUGGCAAAAUAUUUUGUGGACUGAUGAAACCAAAGUUGAAUUGUUUGGGAGUAACACACAGCGCAGCACAGUGUGGAGGAAAAAUGGAAUAGCUCACCAACAUCAACGCAUCAUCCCCACUGUGAAGCAUCGUGGAGGGAGCAUCAUGAUAUGGGGCUGUUUUGCUGCCUCGGCCUGGACAACUUGCAAUCAUUCAUGGAAGAAUGAAUUCAAAAUUCUAUUGGGAUGUUUUGCAGGAAAACCUGAGGCCGUCUGUCAGAUAGUUGAAGCUAAAAAGAGAAUAGAUGCUGCAACAAGACAAUGAUCCAAAACAGAAUUAAAUCAACUUCAGAAUGGUUUCUAAAGAACAGAAUACAUGUUCUGGAGUGGCCAACUCAAAGUCCAGACUUGAACCCCAUUGAGAUUGUGUGGCAUAACCUAAAGACAGCGAUUCAUGCCAGACAUCAGACUGAACUAUAGCAGUUUUGUAGAGAAGAAUGGGCCAGGAUUAGUCCUGAUCGAUGUGCCAGACUGACCUGCUGCUACAGGAAGUGUCUGGUUUAAGUUAUCGCUGCCAAAGGGUGGGGCCACAAAAUAUUAAAUGUGAUGGUUCACUUGCUUAUUUUCCCUCUUCUGUCAUUGUUUGCAUACUAUCCUCAAUAAAAUAUGAAAACCUAUAAAUGUUUGGGUGGUUUUAGUUAAAGCAGUUUUUUUUUAUCUGUGUGAUUUUGACAAAGAUCAGAUCACAUUUGAUUGUGAUAUUAUGCGGAAAUGUGAGAAAUUCCAUUCGGUUCAGAUACUUCUUCCUACCACUGUACUUUGGGUUGGCAAUUUUGCAUCUUUAAGCCAAUUCUCUCGGCUCUCUGUGUGAUUUAAUACAUCUGAACGCCCAAUGUGUGCAACGUAGUUUUCGAGAUAAGCGGACUCGUCUGGUUUAUGUCAGCGGCCACGGCCCAGCUUUUGGUGGGUUAUUCUAUGAAAACUCCGACACGCUUUGUGUUCUGUGAACAUUAGUGGCAGAGAAGCUGGCACGGGACAAUGCUGCUAUAAACCUGUAACUUAUUUUCAAACAAAUAGUGAUGUGUCAGCAGGGGUCGAAAAGCACAGUAUUUUUCAAAAAAUUUGUAUAGAGUUCUAUGACAUUUUAUAGAGAUUAUCUUCAAAAAAUAUAUAUAUGUUCGACACUGGUGUGUGAUUUGCCAAAUACAGAAAUACUAUAUAGAUACAACGGUUGAUAUUAUCAUUAGAUUUAUGGGUUAUGUAAGAAGCAAUAUUUAUUCUGAAUGAAUCUCCUUUGUUGUGUUUUCUUUUCCCAUUUUAAAGUGACAUAUCACGUUAUGCUUAUGUCUGUAUUUCAAUGAACUGUUGCCUAGAUGCAAGUCUACUAAUGUGGUAGAUUUCAGAUAGGUUGGCCAAUCAAGUGACCACUCAAACCAGGUAUCUUCUGACCGCGACUUGCCUAUCUGAUAUUUUCUGAAAAAUCCCAGACUCAAGAGAGCAAAUUGUGUGUUGUGAGAGAAAAAAAUAUAUACAUUUUUUGGUAUAUGUCUGCAGACCACCUUAGUAAAGAAAUGUACACUUAAAUAAAUCCACCCCCCAAAAAAUGAGUUUUGGUGGCUGUUCUUUCCACUCAGUGGGUCAAAAGCUCACUAAACAGUGUUCUGUGUGAAAAUGUAGAGCUGAGUAGAUGUAGUAAGAAUCUUCUAAGGGUUUCACCAGCCAUGUUUAGGACAAACCUGGCUCACUAAAGCCACAUCCCACCCCCUCUUUUUAAAGCUGCUCCCACUAAUCUCAUUGGUCAACAUUUGGGUAACCCAUACUGUCUUUUUCUUAACUUAUUUUAGUUUCAUGAUUAGAUUUUAUUCUUUGUCUUUCUAUAGACUAAGAUGUUUUGGGCAAUUUGUGCAAAAAGACUUGUGUUCAUGUUUUUCUAUGUUGCUGUAAUUUUGUGCUUCGAAAAAUCAUCAUAGAGUCAACUAAUUAAUGAAAUGAAUAGAGAGAAUUUUCCUGUAAGUGCACUCUUCAUUCCCCACCGCCCCAAAGUCCUCAAGAAUUCUUGUAUGGCAACCAAAAGUCACUGUAAGAAAUAAAUAUAACAUUGCACUAUUGUGGUUGUCCUCUCACUUACCUGUUUGCGUGCCGAUGCGAUCGGAUGUCACAGUGGCCUAGGAGGCUUGGAAAUAUUGCAACUCUUACAGUCAUGUAAAAAAAUUAGAACACCCCAUUAAAUAUUCAGUCCUUUAUUAAUAAAUGUUCACAUAGUAAUGUCUGAUCUUGUUUUUCUUUAUUGCAAAUGAAAGUGCUUUGAUAGCAGGCAAACAACAAAAAUUAACAUUGUUUUACUCAUUAAACCAAAUUUACCAACAAAAAUGCAUAUUCUAACUGAGGAAAAAGUU